AUGUCAAACGGUAAUAGCCGCGCCAUCGACUACGACGUCGUCAUAGUCGGCGCAGGCAUAUCUGGCAUUAGUUUUGCCUAUAGACUGCAACAGACGAAUCCGAACCUGUCAUACGCCAUCAUCGAGUCCCGACACGAAAUUGGCGGCACAUGGAGUUUAUUCAAAUACCCGGGUACGCCAAAGUCCACAAAGCCGCCUCCCAACUCGACGUCACUGACCAUUACUUUUAACCUAGGCAUCCGAUCCGACUCCGAUCUGUACACUUUCAGCUUCCCAUGGAAGCCAUGGACCAAAGGGCAGGCCAUUGCAGAGGGGGCCUUGAUCCAAGAAUACCUUCACGAGGCGGUUGAAGAACAAGGCAUUGCGCCGCACAUUAAAUUCAAUCGCAAAGUUCGUGCAAUGGACUGGUCAAGUAACACCAAUACUUGGACAUUCGAUAUAAUUGGAGAAGACAAGAAGCAGAAGCAGCUACGCAGCCGCUUCGUCUGCCUCGGAUCGGGCUACUACGACUACGACGAGCCCCUGAAAGCAGUGAUCCCCGGCAUCGACCAGUUCCAGGGUCCUGUCAUUCAUCCGCAGUUUUGGCCCCAAGACUUUGACUAUACCGAUAAAAACGUCGUCAUCAUCGGCUCGGGCGCCACGGCCGUGACGCUACUGCCGAGCAUGACAGACAAGGCCGCUCAUGUGACGAUGCUCCAGCGCUCGCCCAGCUGGAUUAUCCCCGUCAAGAACCGCAGCGGCGGGCUCGAGGCGCUCAUGCAGCGCUGGCUGCCGACGCAGCUCGGGUCGGCCCUCGUGCGCUUCCGCCGGACGCUGCUCAGCUUCCUCUUUGUCAGGUACUGUCUCUGGCGGCCCGCGUCGGCGCGCAAGCUGCUGCUCGGCGCGACGGAGAAGCAGCUGCCCGCCGGCACCGACAUGGCGCCCGACUUUGUGCCGGCGUACGACCCUUGGUCGCAGCGGCUGUGCGCGACGCCCGACGCCGACUUUUACCAGGCGCUGCGGGCGGGGCGGGCGAGCGUCGCGACGGGCCGCAUCGCGACGGUGACGGAAAGCAGCAUCAAGCUCACGUCGGGCGCGGAGCUGCACCCAGACGUCAUCGUCACCGCCACGGGGCUCAAGACGACGGUCGGCGGCAACGCGCGCAUCGCCGUGGACGGCGCGCCCGCGCACAUUCCGGACCUGUACGCGUGGAAGGGCGCCAUGCUCGAAGGGCUGCCGAAUCUGUUUUUUGCCUUUGGCUACGUCGACGCGAGCUGGACGCCCGGCGCCGACGCUACCGCGCAGCUGGCGGGCCGCAUGAUUCGGCAGCUCGACCGCGAGGGCAAGCAGGCGCUGAUCCCUACGCGGACGGCCAGGGAAAAGGCCACGAUGCAGGAUGUGCCGUUUAUGCGCCUCACGUCCACGUAUGUCAAGUCGGGGCUGAGCAACCUGCCCAAGACGGGCGAUGCCAAGCAGUGGCUUCCGCGGUCGUACUACUUUAAAGAUGUCAUGAAUGCGUGGUGGGGAGACAUUCGGUCGAGUAUUGAGUGGAGAUGA